AUUUUUUUACAAUGUAAAUUAAUUUUGAUCGCUUCCAAGUUUUAGAAAGAAAAAAUGGCAGAACAACUCACAGAGGAGCAGAUCUCUGAGUUCAAGGAGGCCUUCAGCCUCUUCGACAAAGAUGGAGAUGGCUGCAUCACCACAAAAGAGCUGGGAACUGUGAUGAGGUCCCUUGGGCAAAAUCCAACUGAGGCAGAACUCCAAGAUAUGAUCAAUGAGGUCGAUGCUGAUGGGAAUGGAACUAUAGAUUUCCCUGAGUUUUUGAAUCUGAUGGCCCGCAAAAUGAAAGAUACUGAUUCUGAGGAGGAAUUGAAAGAGGCAUUCAAAGUCUUUGACAAGGAUCAAAAUGGUUUCAUUUCUGCUGCCGAGCUGAGGCAUGUAAUGACAAAUCUUGGGGAGAAGUUGACUGAUGAGGAAGUGGAUGAGAUGAUUAGAGAGGCCGAUACGGAUGGUGAUGGCCAAGUAAACUAUGAAGAGUUUGUCAGAAUGAUGCUUGCUAAGUGACUUGCAAGAGUGUCUUAUCGUCACUAGAAAGCACAUGUACUUGUUUUGGAUUCAGCAUGAAGGCAUACAUCACACUUUGUCUUGCAUAUAAAAUGGCUGCAGUAUGUUUUUGACCUUUGAGUUGACUAUCAAAAUCGUUUUCUUAAUAUUUAGCAUCUAAUGCCCUUGAAUAUUGUUUCAUCGUUCCC